ACAUCGCCGGGCCGUUCUUGGGCGGUACGUCCAUCUCUGCACUUUUUUUUACCACGCUCUCCGUUCUUUUUAAUGUGAUACAGUCAAAACCAGUCAGGAUGGAGAUUAGCAAGGGGAAGGCAGUCAGAGAAGCGACCCCCGAGGGGAGAUCUGAGCCAGAAGGUGGAUUAGGAUCUCCUGACCGGGUGGCGAGGUCGGGUGAGGUGGCGAAGGCAGACCGGCAGCUGACACGCCAUCGCAGAGGCUCCAGAAGGGGACUGAGUGAAUACAAGAGAAACUUCAAAUGGAGAAGCCCAGAGUUUUGUAGCCCGUCCCAACAGCAGAAAUCCUUGUGGGCAGGACUUCGGUCGGAUCAGUUUGGAAUCACGAGAGAACCAAAAUUCAUUUCCAAGAGAAGGGUACCAUACCAUAAUCCACAGAUUUCGGAGUCCCUUGAAUGGCCAGCAGAUUGUGAUUUGAAUGACCCGCUGGAGACUGAAGCUGCAGAGUUGCAUACUGACCACAACAAUGAUACUGGGAAUCAGGAAAAACUUGAAACACCAGAAGGACCCAGACUCUCCCCAAAAGUUCAGUCACAUGUGGUAGAUUCUGGUGGUGAAAUAGCUCUUGCCCUUGCAGAGAACAACAUGAAGAAAUCACCCUCAGAAGCUCCACCAAAUGGAAAUGAAGCAUAUUCAUCUCCAAAAAAGGAAUCAGAAAAAAUGGGUAAUGGGUUUCACAGAGCCCUUCAGAGGAAAGCAGAUGUAAAUAUCCCCAGAAAUUCUGAAUAUCAAAGCCAGUUUGUCUGGAAGAGUCCUCAUGAAAAGUCACCAAUACUUGCAGCUGAACAGCUGAUUUACAACACAAAGAAAUCCAUACCUCAGGUUAAACCUCCUGCCAUUGCUUCUGAAGCCGCAUAUGAGAGAAAUUCCAAGGGGUCUACUCCUGUUAAGAGUCCACAAGAGAGAGAUGGUUCAGAAGAGAAAGAAUUUCUGAGUAAGAGGGAAGAACCGUUUCAAAAACCAGCAGAAGAUGCAACAAAACAAGGGAAAUCAGAGCAGAAACAUCCUAAACAAAAUAAUAAGCAACAUAUCAGUCCAAAGCCCCUCACUUUACAUACAAGUCGUGGGAAGUUGAACACUGAAUAUAGGUCAAAAUUUUUGUCUCCAGCCCAAUAUUUCUACAAAGAUGGAGUUUGGUCUCGUAUUAAGAGUAAAGCUCACAACCAGGUGAGAGAGCUUCGAGAAAGAGCAAAGGCUUACAGGCAACGAGUAGAGGGAACACACUUCUCCCGAAACCAUUUCAAUCAGAUCCUGUCUGAUAAUAACAGUCUUUGGGAUGUGUCCUCAACUUCCAGUUCAGAGGAAGGAAUCAGCAACAACAUCAGAGCACUAGAUCUUGCUGGUGUUUCUGAAACUGAGGCUGCAGCAAGCCCUAAAGUGCUACAGCAACCUGACUCCAGAGAACAAGCUCAUCAGGACAGUACAAAGAAAGACAUGUCAGAUGCUUUAACUGUUCCAGUCAAAAGGCGUUUAGUUUGGGAUGAACAAGAAGGUACUGAAGAAAGGGAAGGUCAACAAUCAGCAGAAGAGAAAGAGGAAGAAAAAUCGAAUGAACAGGCUGCAGUCAUGGCUCAGCAAUUAGAAGAAAACAAUAAGGAUGCUAAAGAAGAUAAGGAAACUGAAGGUGAGAAUGCCUUAGUAUUGAACACCUCUGCAGCUGUGUCAGAUUCUUCUGUAUCCUCAAGGAGAGGCAGCAAGCACCCUACUCUGAAGCUGAGAGCUCUUGCAGGAACCCCGAGGACUCACCAUGAUCACACUACCCCAGCUGUUGGAGGUACUGGUCUAGCGCCUGCUCCUAAGUUCAAGUCUUCAUCUUCACCUCAGAGAAGGCAAAACUUAGCAAAAAAACCUACAAAAAAAGAGUCCUUCCAGCCUGAUGUGAAAAUGGAAGCCACUUCACUCUUUAACUCUGCACCUGCUGGGCUGGGAACUGUGGAUCCUCUGCCACUUAGGCAGGAUCAGUGGCCUCCUAACAGGGUUGCCAAUGAGCAAGUUCCUCUUGCUUCAGCCCAUCAAGAGCAGUCAAAGUCAGCAAAAAGCUGCUCUGUGCCGUGCUGGAGUCCCUCUCAUCGUAUUCAAGGGACUCUAAAGGAUCCAGAAUUCCAGCAUAAUGGGAAUCUUGGCAAUCCAAAAGUGAGAACUUUCCAGUUGCCCCUUCGGGAAAGAAACCGUAACGAUGAAGAUGACAGGCUGUCUCAGAUUUCUGCUCGCUCGGCAGCAUCUAGUUCUCUUGCGUCUCAGAUACUGGAACGAGCUCAGAAGAGGAAGGAUUUCUGGGGCAAGGCGUAGUCUCUCCUUCCUGUUGUAUAGAAACUAUGCUGUAAAAUGAUGUAUUUUGUGUAGCUUGUAGUGUACAUUUAGAAAAAUUGUGAUUGUAGGUUUCACACAGCAUCCUUUCACUUACCAUUGAUAUAUGGCUCAAGUUCUAGGACUUGCCAUCCCAACUGAAAAUUAAGUAUUUGAACUGAUGAUGUUGCAAAUUAAUGUUCUUUAUAUCUGAGAGUUAGGUCUUAAUUCACUGUGUUACAACAGCCUUGUGAGGCUUUACUUUUUUUACAGUACCAUGCCACCUUUUGACUCUGAGGUAAUUAUUUUUUUAUGGAACCUGUGUGUGACUUUUCAAGGUAUUCUGACUGCAGUCGUGCAGUAUGAGUGGAACAGUAUUCAGGGGCAACACCAUCAUUCACCAAAUAUCUCAGUUGCUUUAUUUUAUCAAGUUAUCUUAAGGGCAGCUGUGGUAUAUAUAUUUAUGUUACUGUGUGAAUUGUCAGCAUAACACAGCGCUGUAACAAAGAGUUACUUUUACUACUUACUGCUUUUAACCUUUUACAAAAAAUUUCUAAUUUCUUAAUGACACUAACAUAGAGUGUCAUUAACUGUAGAACAAACAAGUUUAAGAAGAGCGAAGCAUUAUGGUUUAUUCCUUGUCCACAGGUUUUUGGCCAGGAUGACUGUCAGAGUUCAGAGUGUACAGUACUGCAGUUUCUCAGCUAUACUAAUAUGAAUGCUUGUCUUGGAGACUAAGGUCCAUGUUAGUGUUAAUUUCAGCUUCUCUAGAGAAAGCAAAUUCAGCUGCCUUAACCAGUGGUGUUCCCCAGUUCCACUUCAAACUCAGGUAUUUAGGACUAGUGAUCUCUUUAAGUAAACUCAAAAGAAUGGUUUUUUUCCUUGACUUUUAUAUUUUAGUUACCUCUUAUCUUAGUUUCCUGUUUUGGGGAGACUGAUAGCAUUAUGAUUGUUACAGUGAAAAGUGUCUGUGACUUAUGCUGACAGCUUAUUUUAUCUUUCCAAGUGAUGCAGACAAGUUAAAAUGGAGUAGAGGAAAUUGGUGGCUAGCAAGCAGUUUAGUUCUCUUUGUGUCUUCAGGUUUUAAUACUACUUAAUUUGAAAAUUUUGUACAAGAACAAUUUGAAAUUUGUACAUACUUGAUUGCAUUUUGAUUUUGUAUGUAAUUAUGUAUGCAUAUUACUGAAAAUAAAAACGGUUGUUUGCUUUGUUUCUAUUU